UCGUAUCGUUCCUAUCAACCUCGGUUCACUGGAGCUUAAGUUGUUAACAGGAGUGUAACGCAUCGAAUUCGUAAAGGCAGUCGUUCAUAAUCACUUACUUUCAAAUAUGUCGGCUGGGCGGUGCUGGAUUUUCCUGAUAUCCUUAGCUUCCACUGUUACCGGCUUUACCGAAGUAAGAGCAGAAAUAGACCGAAGAAUUGUCCGCUCAAAGUACGUCUGCGAAAAUGACGUCAUGCACUUGAACUGCUCAUCUAAAGUUCUUCGGAUUGAGGCUGCUGACUUUGGUGAAUCAUCGGCUAGUAUAUGUACCAAAGGAGAAGUGUCAAGUCAGCGGUGUAAUCUAGUAGAGGUGACUAACAUAUUGAAGACCGCAUGUGACAACAAGAAAAACUGUUGGAUCACUGCAUUGGACAAGAUAUUUGGCGAUCCUUGCAAAGGGGUGAACGUCUCUAAACAAAGGAGUUCAUCUGCUUAUCUCAACGUCUUGUUUGCUUGUGUAAAACCAGUGAGCAGUGGGAAGUCAACAACAAGUACAACCUUCAUUUCAACUGCUGAGAACAAUUCUAUCAUCGCCACUAACUCCACUGCCUCAAUAACCUUCAUUUCAACUGCUGGGAACAAUUCUAUCAACGCCACUAACUCCACUGCUCCACCGAUGAAAAGUACCGCGACGGCUAACAACACUCAAACGCUGCCUUUGACAACAACAAAGCCAAACACGAAGUCAGACAAAGAAAUACCUGUAUUUGAUCCAAGCAUGUCAGUAUAUUUGGGAGCACUCUCAGGCUCUAUGCAUGUACCGAGUUUUUCUUCUUUGGGUUUACUUGCCUGGAUUUCCAUAUUUGGUAUAAUCAACUCUUAUUGCUAAUACAAGUCAGACGUAUUCAAACGUAUUUAAACCCUCUUUCCCGCCAAAAAAAUCAUUAAUGCAUAUAAUUUCAGACGUUUUUUGUCUCUCUAACAACUGAUAUGACGUGACAAAGAGAAUGAGGGCGUUCACCACAUGUAAGAAUUGAUCAGCCAGGCUAAACAAUUACAUUUGAAUUGGCCUUAAUGUGAAUAGUUUUCCCUGAUUUUCACAUAGGGCCAAUAAUUCCAUCUUGCGAAUAUUUCUGACAAAUCACUGAGAUCUUUACGAAUAGAUCUCAUCUAGCCAGCCUACGCCAACCAGUUGCAACCGGUGUUCAGCGCCUUUUGCAUCGUCCUAAGGGUUUGUGGCGUGUAGAGAGCCGUUUGCUGGCCUUUUUCGAGUGUCGUUUCCUCUAUACGUAAUCUAGUCAACACUAUAAUUUACUCUAAACGCAGGUUGUCUCUCAGUUCGAUGUGAAUCAUAGGCAAGAGGAAAUACCUCGGCAAUGGCUCAUAUCAAGCUAAAUAGUAGUUGUAAUCAAAGGUAAUUACGCUGAAGAUGUAAUUCAGAAAUGCUUGCUUUCGUGCAAAUGCAAAAUUUUUCUAGUUCUAGACCUGCGAUCGUUCUCAAUUGCCAGCUAUUGCUAUGAGGUAGAGGGAAAACCUCAAGGAUUUCAGGUAAAAGUAGGUACAUUUUUUCGGUAUAAUGAUCCAGGAUGGUAAUAAAGGUUUGUAGAACACUGGAAUCAAGACUCAUAUGUCAUGUUUCAGCAUUUUAAAUCUAAACUUAAAUUGUAUCUCAAUAUUUAGUUGUAUAGAUUUUGAUUUUUAUUCUAAUUUUGUUUACUUAUUUAUUUUAUUUUAAGGAAGUUUUUACAUAGGGUUAACCUCCAAACUUCCUUUUCUAGAAGUACCUUUUUUUUUCUUAGUUUUUAAUCUGUAUAUAUAGU